AUAUAUUACAAAAUGUUCUCCAUGAUUAAGUCUAGUUACCGUCUACCUCCAUACAUAGUUAUUACAGUAUUAUUGACUACGUUCCCUAUGCUACGCACUAAAAUGCUAGCCCAGGGGAAGCUGUCUACGAUGAAUAAAUGGAUAAAGAGGACCCGGCGUUCUUAAUUCAGAUCCCAUCUCCUCCACUUAUUAUAUGAUUUCAGACAAGUUUACUCAAUUUCUCUGCUUGUUUUCUACAAUACGAGUAUGAUAAAGCAAGGGACGUAGUCGUUAUGAAAAGGGAGGUAACCUAUAGACCGUAGCUUUAAACCAGUAAUAUCAGGGCGGAGACUGGAUAGACAGCGAGAGACUCCUUCAUGAUUGGGAGAGAAGCUGGGGGCGAGUCUGUUUUAUGCAGGGAACUCUAUGUUCAAAUGAAGCGAACGCCUAUGAACGUUCAAGGCACAAUAUACAGCUACAGGAAGAGUAAUAAAUGAAUGAAGAAAAUUCUUCCGUGAAAGUUUUGAGGAUGUUUAGGACGGGCGCCACUCUGUUACCUAAACCUACUCCCCAUCUUUUCAGUUGGUACCACCUCCUCCGAAGAGUUUGGAGCUGAGCAUUCUGGGCUUUGUAGUAAUUUCCUUGAUAGAGUUGGUCCAACGGAAUCAUCCAGUCGCAAGAGACUACAUUUCCCAGGAGCCUCUCCGACCGGUUAUUUGCUUGUCCUUCAUCCUGACUUCCGGCGUCGCUGAGUUCUCUAGGGCCAAUUGGGAUGCUGGGGUUGCUGGCUCACAGCACUCUGAUUGGUGCGUUCGACUAAAGAGCCUGGGUUCAAAUUUUCAACGGACUGAAUGAGUCCCGCGGCGGGAUUGGCGGGCGCUCCGUUUUGAGGCAAGGUCUUGAUAAGAAGUACUUGCUAGGCUUCAAGAUUUCAGAAGAGGUAAAAGAGUAUAUUGUAACUUCUGUGAUUAAACCACUUACAGGAAGUGACCUGUUGAGAAAAGUGACACGAAUACUGGGGAAAGUGUGCUCUUCUGUGCCAAGGGGGGACAAUGUCACAAGUUAAAAUCUCCUAUUCCUAUGAUGCUCCGACGGACUUCAUAAAUUUUACAUCUUUGGAUGAUGAGGAAGAUCACCAAAACAUAGAUUCUUGGUUUGAGGAAAAAGCCAAUUUGGAGAAUAAAUUUCCUGGGAAGAAUGGGACAGGAGGUAUUUUUCAGAGCAAAACUCCUCUGAGGAAGGCUAAUCCUCAGCAAGCUCUUGUCACACCUUUGAGACCAGUUGACAAUACUUAUUACAAAGAGGCAGAAAAAGAAAAUUUGGUGGACCAGUCCAUUCCAUCAAAUGCUUGUUCUUCCCUGGAAGUCAUGGAAAACACCUCAAGAAAUACUCCAGCCCAGCCUCAGAGAAAAUCUCUUAGACUCUCUGCUCAGAAGGCUGCGGAACAGAAAGAAAAGCACCAUGUAAAAAUGAAAGCCAAGAGAUGUGCUACUCCUGUGACCAUCAGUGAAAUUCCACCCUCCAAAAAAAUGAAAGUGCAGAAGAUUCUGAAGAGUACUGAGGAGCAAGAACUGGAGAAAACAAUGAAAAUGCAGCAGGAGGUGGUGGAGAUGCGGAAAAAGAAUGAAGAAUUCAAGAAACUUGCUCUCGCAGGAGCAGGGAAACCUGUGAAGAAGUCAGUGAGCCAGGUAACCAAAUCGGUUGACUUCCACUUCUGCACAGAUGAGCGAAUCAAACAACAUCCUAAGAACCAAGAGGAGUAUAAGGAAGUGAACUUUACAUCUGAACUGCGAAAGCAUCCUCCAUCUCCUGCCCGAGUGAUUAAGGGAUGUACCAUUAUUAAGCCUUUCAACCUGUCCCAAGGAAAGAAAAGGACAUUUGAUGAAACAUCUUCUACAUAUGUGCCUCUUGCACAGCAGGUCGAAGCCUUCCACAAACGAACCCCCAACAGAUAUCACUUGAGGAGCAAGAAGGAUGAUAUUACGCUGUUACCCUCCAAAUCUGCUGUGGCCAAGAUUUCUAGAGACCCACAGACUCCUGUGCUACAAACCAAACUGCGUGUAAGGCCUGUGACCUGCAAAAGUACAGUGGAUCAGGAGGCCGAGGAGAUCGAGAAAUUGCAACAAUACAAAUUCAAAGCACGGGAACUUGAUCCCAGAAUUCUUGAAGGCGGACCCAUCUUGCCCAAGAAACCACCUGUGAAGCCACCUACUCAGCCUGUUGGCUUUGAUUUGGAAAUUGAGAAGAGAAUCCAGGAGCGGGAGUCAAGGAAGAAAUCCGAGGAUGAACACUUUGAAUUUCAUUCCAGACCUUGCCCUACCAAGAUCCUGGAAGAUGUUGUGGGUGUUCCUGAAAAGAAAGUACUUCCAAUCACUGUCCCCAAAUCACCGGCCUUCACACUGAAGAACAGAAUUCGAAUGCCCUCCAAAAUCGAGGAGGAGGAACCAGUAGUGAUAAGAGCUCAUCCUGUGCCACACUGUGGGGUGCCUUAUAAACCCCAAAUCUCAGAGGCAAGAACUGUGGAAAUAUGCCCAUUCUCUUUUGAUUCUCGAGACAAAGAACGUCAUUUACAGAAGGAGAAGAAAAUAAAAGAACUGCAGAAAGGGGAGGUGCCCAAGUUUAAGGCACUUCCUUUGCCUCAUUUUGACACCAUUAACCUGCCAGAGAAGAAGGUGAAGAGUACGACCCAGGCUGAGCCUUUCUGCUUGGAGACUGACAAAAGAGGUGCUCUGAAGGCGCAGACUUGGAAGCACCAGCUGGAGGAAGAACUGAAACAGCAGAAGGAAGCAGCUUGCUUCAAGGCUCGUCCAAAUACCAUCACUUCCCAGGAACCCUUUGUUCCCAAGAAGGAGAAAAGAUCUGUUGCUGAGAGCCUUUCUGGUUCUCUAGUUCAGGAACCUUUUCAGCUGGCCACUGAGAAGAGAGCCAAGGAACGGCAAGAGCUGGAGAAGAGAAUGGCUGAGGUAGAAGCUCAGAAGGCCCAGCAGCUGGAGGAGGCCAGGCAGCAGGAGGAAGAGCAGCAGAAGGAGGAGCUGUCCAGGCUACGGAAAGAACUGGUGCACAAGGCAAAUCCAAUCCGCAAAUACCAGAGUGUGGAGGUCAAGUCAAGCGACCAGCCUCUGACCGUGCCUGUAUCUCCCAAGUUCUCCACUCGGUUCCACUGCUAAACUAAGCUGUGCACUGCAGACACUACUUGGGAGGAGCUACUCUUUCCAUCAAACCAGAAGCCUUCUUUCUUUGUCACCAGGGCCUAGAGAGAAACUGUUCCUCCAGACUUGCUCAUCCCCAUGCCCGACAGCAUACCCGACAAGGGUGGACUCCACUUUUGUUGAGAAUUGUUUUCCUAUAUUAUCGAAGCUAAUAAUGAGACUCAAACUCAUGUAUGUCUCAGUCAGAUUCCAUGUAGAUAUUUCUUUGUACCAUCAAUUGACCUUUAAUAUGGGUCUUAACUCUGACUAAAAUUUAAAGUCUUUAUGUCAGCACAGUGUAAUUUGUAUUGCUCCUACCUCCCUCUCCCUUUUUUCUAUUUUAAUCAGAAAAUAAAGAUAGUUAAAUACUGAGGUAGGAUUUAAGUCAUGGCUUAAAUGAGGAACAGUCAGUAUAUCAUAUUCUUUCCUCUUCUCUGCACAAAAUGAAUUUAAAGUUAAGGAGCCUUUGGCUCUGAGGGGGAAGCCUCGUUAACUGCACAUGAGGAAGGAGACGGCAUGGGCUGACAGGGAGCCCACAGUGAUGAUUGGCAGGCUUUGGGCAGAGCUGCUAUCCAGGCACAUUUUCCCUGUCAGUGCUAUAAUAACAGGGAACACUGUGUAGCACAUGUUUUAAGUCUUCUAGUAAUCUGGACCAGAAUAAAAAUGUUUGUCUUCCCCUCCCUGA